AUGCAGCGAGCGGCGGCGACUCAGCUCGCAUACACGCGUAUGCUAGCGCCGCGUGCUCGCUUGGCACGAAGCGGUGUGUGUGGUGUGCGAGUAGCAUUCAGCACAAUCACCAUUCCAGAUGCGCCGGUUGUGUCACGAAGAGCUGCGCCACAUGAAGCGGCGGCGUCACGAGCGUCUGGAUCGCCGGCAUCAUCGUCCGACAUAGCAACAGCGACGUUCUUUUCCUCCUCGAUACCCACAUCGAUCGCGACCCACGUUCACGAACAGGGCGCUGGGGCGGUCCUUGUACGCAUGCUGGAGUCGUCGGAGCGGAUCCCGCCUGAACAGCUAUGGAGUCUGUAUGAAUGUGCGCUGAAUGAGCGGCCGCAGAAGCUGCCGGAUGGCUCUGUGCGUGUGCCGCCGAAGCUGGAGGCCAGGCACCACCAACGAGUGCUUCAGCUGCUCCUCCCCGCACAGGACAAGUACGUGCACUACGUGCGUGAACGGCAGCGCAUCGCUUCGCUGCGCCGCGAUGUGCAUGCGUCGGACGACGAAGCGCUGUUGCCUUCCUGCACGCCACUCGACCUGUCGACACCAGACACUCUUGCGCCAGUGCCGCCCGUCCGUGGCAUGGGUGGCAAGAAUGCACGUACAUUUGCACGGCGCACGCGGCAAGUCCUCUUGGAGAUCGCACCUGCGGAGCGGACUGCAGCCGCUUACAACGACGUGCUUCGUGUGCUGUCACAUGGCGGCAGAUACCGGUACAUGCGUGAUCUGUGGAACGAUAUGCUCCGUGUGCGAGAGACAGGGCAUGUCCAAGCGGCGCCAAACCAGGACACGUGCCACUACAUGAUGGUCGGUCUCGUGCGCAACUUUGAGCAGAAGCUACAGCGCUACAAGACGCGCUACGAGCGUGAGCUGCUCACGUCGGCUCGGCACGUACGCCGCGCUCAGCCACAGCCACCCUCCUCAUCGCCCGUGCCACCAGCACAUCGGACGGCGGCGGCAGCGGAACAUGUGCAAGCAGCCGCACUGCAGGCCGCGCAUACCGUGUCAAUGCUGCUGCUGGACAUCCAAAAGCAGGGCACGCUGCCGCGUGUGCUGACGCUUGAUCUUGCUGCACGUGUGCUGCGACUGACGGGCCGUCUACCAGAGUUCCUGCACCUGCUUCGUUCCGGCUUUGGUCUGGACCUGCAAUACCCAGAUGCCAGUGUGCCGGCUCUGUGCACGCCCACGACACAUACCCUGAACACGACGCUCAUGGCUCUGGGCGAGCUGGCGCGGAUGCCCGAUAUGGCCGUGGCGUUCGAAGUCAUGACACAGCCGCUCUCACAUGCACAUGACACGCAACGCUGGCCUGUGCUGCCGAACACAACGACGUUCAAACUGCUUGUGCGGCAUGCAUGCUCGGCCCCGCCCACGUUGCUCGUCUCGAAUGCGUCCGUGCAAUCGACGACGGCACGUGCUAUUCUCUCGCGCCUGUCGGCUGGUCCGCAGGGCCUGCCGACCAUAGGUAUUCACACAGCCGAGCAGCGCGAUGCCGAGGUGCAAGCGCGCUGCCGGGGUGCGUAUUUGGCACUUGCACGCGCGUAUGUGGACGAUGCCCUGCGGAUGUAUGCGGAGCAGCUGAGCCGCAUGGCAGUGCAGCUGCGCAUGCCGCGUCCGUCGGUCCUACACGACAGUAUCGAGGCCGUGCAUGCGCGUGAGAAUGAGCGCCGUGACGCUGGCAUGGUCGGUGAGCAGGGCAUGGAAUCGAUGUCGAAGAGGUGGCUCGCGAGCAUGGAAAAAGAAGCAGCGCUGAGUGACGAGGCCGUCGACGACAAGAGCGGCACCCAUCUGCCCCCCAGUUCCGAGAAGGAUCGCGCGCAGGACGUGCUGUCGUCAUCGCCAUCAGAGCCGGUCUUUGUCCCGCCGAAUGUGCGCGUUUCGUACGCCAUGCUGCGUCCGAUCCUCGCGUCCACGUACCAAAAGCGCUCGCUGGGCCAACUGGCCUGGCUCCACAGCCGAGCAGACAUGGCGGCGGUGCUUCUCUCGGCCGAGCACACACUCCUCCAGCACGCUCAAGCACAGGUGCAAGCGGAUGGAAUGCUGUCUUCCUUGGCGGCGCAUGCUACGUAUGUCCAGCGGCUAUGGGAAGGCAUGCAAAGGCUAUGCGAUACAUGGGUGCCAUGGCACAUGGAGCGCUGGAGCGAUGCUGAGUAUGCGCGGAAUGCACGUCGGAAUGCGCGUGCGUCGAAGAAACAACGAACUCGUCGGCGUGCUGCUGCUACUGCUACUGCCGCCGCCGCCACGGCCACAUCGCCUGCAAACCAGCAUGCAUAA